UGGGAGGAGCUGAUUGAGCGGUGCCAGGAGGCGGGCGUUGACGCUUUCGAGAUCAACUUCAGCUGCCCGCACGGCAUGCCCGAGCGCAGGAUGGGGAUGGCCAUGGGGCAGGAUUGCGAGCUCCUGCACGAGGUGUGCGGCUGGAUCAACGCCAAGUCCACCAUCCCGGUGUGGGCCAAGAUGACGCCCAACGUGACGGACAUCAGCAUGCCCGCCCGCACCGCGCUGGCUGCUGGAUGCGAGGGCAUCGCCGCCAUCAACACCAUCACCUCGGUCAUGGGCAUCAACCUGGACACGCUGCGCCCAGAGCCAUGCGUGGAGGGCCAUACCACCCCUGGCGGCUACUCCAGCCGCGCCGUCAAGCCCAUCGCCCUGGCCAAGUGCAUGUCCAUCGCUCAGAUGAUGCGCCACGACUUCCCGCACUCAGCCGCCAGCCUGAGCGGGCUGGGGGGCGUCAACACGGGGCGGGAUGCGGCGGAGUUCAUCCUGCUGGGCUCCAACACGGUGCAGGUGUGCACCGGCGUCAUGCUGUACGGCUACCCGCUCAUCAAGAAGCUGUGCGGCGGCCUGCAGGCCUUCAUGCAGCAGCACGACUUCGCCUCUGUGGAGCAGUUCCGCGGCGCCUCGCUGCCCUACUUCACCACCCACCACGAGCUGGUGCGCAUGCAGCGCGAGGCGGUGGAGGCCAAGAAGAAAGCGCGGGUGGGGCUGGCCAAGGACGACGAGUGGAUUGGCGCCAGGCGAUGCCGGCGAACGUUCCGAUGCAGAGCCCGCCAGGACGACGUGCUGGCCAAUGAGCCUGAAAUAAAGCUGGUCAAUGGCGCGGUCACCUCUGGCCCCAGCUUGGCGGUGGAGGUCAAUGGCUUGAAGCUGCCAAACCCUUUUGUCAUUGGGUCGGGGCCGCCGGGUACCAACUAUGCGGUGAUGAAGAAGGCGUUUGAGGAGGGGUGGGGCGCUGUGAUUGCCAAGACCGUGAGCUUGGACAGCAGCAAGGUGAUCAACGUCACUCCGCGGUAUGCCAAGAUGAAGAGCAGCGACGGCAAGGAG